AUGAAGGCCUAUUGGUAUGACAACAAGCCCGGCGACCAGCGCGAGCCGCACGACUCUGGCCGCGCCGUCUCGGAAGAGAAGCUUGCGUCGCUUGGUGUCAUCUAUCACAACUGCCCGACCAUUGCCGCCGUUGACGCCAUUGCCAAGGACCGCGGCUACAAAAACCGUGACCAGGUCUGCGUGUCCCCGGAGGCUAUGGGCGACGUCUACGAGGACAAGGUGAAGAUGUUCUUCGCCGAGCACCUUCACGAGGAUGAGGAGAUCCGCUAUAUUCUCGAUGGCGAGGGCUACUUUGAUGUGCGGGGCCAGGAGGACGAGUGGAUCCGCAUCGACCUCGUUAAGGAUGAUUUGAUUAUCUUGCCCGCGGGCAUCUACCACCGCUUCACCACCAAUGAGCAGAACUACGUCAAGGCUAUGCGCCUCUUCCAGGAUGAGCCCAAGUGGACGCCGCUCAACCGUGGCGUUGAGCUUGACGCGAACCCGCACCGCAAGAACUACGUCGAGGCCGUUCUGAAGCCCACUACUGCUGUGAACUAG